UUCAUAAUAUUAGCUCCCCUUGUCUAUUUUAUUAUUUGUUAUAGUUUUAGCUGUGUGUUGAUUAUAAUUAAUUGUGCCAGAUAAUUAAUUUGGUCGAUAUAAAGUGCGAUGAACUGUUAAGUUAUGUAGUGGGUUUAAAUCAGUAUUGUGUUUGACCUGUAGUACUACGUUUGUGUCAAGAUAUCUGUGUUGAUUCCGUUUGGAUACAAAAAUGUGGCCCUUAAUCUUCAUCCUCAUAACAUCAGCAUUAGCAGACAACUGUUCCCACAUCUUCAACGACAGAAACUACACAAAAUCAGCUAUUUUAACGAUCAAAGGUCUUCCCACCAACUUGGUAUACAACCCAAAGAGCAAAGACCUCCUGUUUACUCUGAUCGACCUAGAAACACUACAAAAUCAGGAAGUCCAAACUAAAAUGGAUCAGUACGUCCUUAGAUAUGGCGAGCCAAUUAAAAUUGAUAAUAUUAACGGCCAAUCAGCUGCUGUGGAUGUGAAAAACAAUAUAGUUUAUAUUGCAAGUGAUAACGGCUUGAAUAUACUAAACAAAACAGACAGGGCUAUCCAUAUUGGAUACAAAGAUGAUAUUGUUCAAAUAUUUAAACCACAGAAUUCAGAUGACAUAUAUGCCGUGCUGUUCCCAGACAAUGAAGUUUAUAAGCUUGAUUUAAUCAAUGAAGAAAAAGAAAGAAUAGAAAACAUCCCGUGUGCUUUUAUAAUAGCAAUAGAUGAUAAUGGAAAUAUAUUCUACGAAUGUGAGGCAAAAUACGUUAAAGUUUUACUGAAAGGUUUUCAGGAAUCUAUAGAAUUUGUUGGAUUGCCAAAGAACUCUGCAAGAGCUGUCUCUAUGGAUGACAAUAAUCGUGUAAUUUUAGCUUCCAAUGAUGGCUUAUACUGGUUGAAACCAGAUAACAUGAUUCCAAAGAAGUUGAUGGACUUAGAUUAUGUACCCGCUGGGAUAGCGUUUAAUGGAGAUAACUUUUACAUAUCUACAACAGAAAUGAUUUAUGAAUAUAAUCCAUGUAUUUAAGAAAUAAAAACUUUUUGAGGUGAUGAUAA